AUGGCCCAGCCCUACCCCCCAGCCACAUACCCACCACCCCCGCAGAAUGGCAUCCCUGCAGAGUACGCUCCUCCACCACACCCACACCCAGCACAGGACUACUCGGGGCAGAGCACGGUACCUGAGCAUGCCUUGACUCUCUACACGCCAGCACAGAGCCACACCGAACAGCCGGGCACCGACGCCAGCACGCAAUCCAUAGCGGGCACACAAACAGUACCGCACACAGAUGAAGCGGCACAGACAGACAACCAGACGCUACACCCGCCAGAGUGUGGUUCUGACAAGCAGCAGCCCAAACGGUUACACGUUUCCAACAUCCCUUUCCGCUUCCGGGACCCUGACCUGCGGCAAAUGUUUGGGCAAUUUGGAAAGAUCCUGGAUGUUGAGAUCAUUUUCAAUGAGCGUGGCUCCAAGGGUUUUGGGUUUGUAACUUUUGAAACUAGUGCAGAUGCCGAUCGGGCACGGGAGAAGCUGAAUGGCACCAUCGUAGAGGGACGCAAGAUCGAGGUCAACAACGCCACAGCCCGGGUAAUGACAAACAAGAAGGCAGCCAAUCCCUACACAAAUGGCUGGAAACUGAACCCUGUGGUGGGCACCGUCUAUGGCCCAGAGUUCUAUGCAGUGACAGGCUUUCCAUACCCAGCCACAGGAACAGCGGUAGCGUACCGGGGGGCGCACUUACGGGGGCGGGGGCGCACAGUCUACAACACGUUCCGGGCAGCUCCCCCACCUCCGCCCAUCCCCGCUUACGGAGCAGUGGUUUACCAGGACGGAUUCUACGGUGCUGAAAUUUAUGGGGGUUACGCAGCCUACAGAUAUGCUCAGCCGGCAGCGGCAGCAGCAGCUUACAGUGACAGUUAUGGCCGAGUUUAUGCAGCUGCAGAUCCUUACCACCACACCAUCGGCCCUGCUGCCACCUACAGCAUUGGCACUAUGGCUAGUCUAUACCGAGGAGGGUACAGCCGCUUCACUCCCUACUAGCAAGACAGACCCAGCCCCUCCUCACAAUAGUAACACUGACUGCUCCUUAGAAAUCAAACCAAAAUCAAAUGGACAUGGGCCCCCGCCCCACGCUGCUGGCCCUCGGCAGCCUAAACCACAUAUUUCUUUACCUCAAGCCGCCUCUCAUGCCUCACACCCCACCUGUCUCUGAUGGUGUGCCGCCAAGUUUGUUUUCAUUUUGCAAAGCUACCAGCCAGGGGGUUGGGACAGGCGCCUGCUUCCACCAGACCAAACAAAACCAAACACCACCAGCAAGCAGAACCUCACGGAGAGCCUCCCUAGAGCCCACCCUGCUCCCAAGCUUUUCUGCCACGAGCCCCGGGGACAAGUGGCACUCGAGAGAGGCCCCCAGUCAGGCCCCCUGCAUUCUGCCGGGUGUUCAGGUCCUCGCACAGGGGAGGGAGGGUGCAGUUAAAAGAACUCAGGAUGUUAUCCCUCUCGGAUGCAAACUGCCCACGCUCCUCACUCACACACACACACACGCAAGGACCAGGUGGGCAGGGCCCCAGGCUGCUCCAGAAUCCCAGCAGGUGCAGGCUGCAGUCCCAACCCACCUUACACUGCUUAGAUGCACUCAGCCUCCAAGCAACAGCAGGGAGAAUUUUGCUUCCUCUGCCUGCAGGAGUUGGAAGCUGCCCCCUUGCGGAGGAAUGAUGCGAUGGGGCUGUGUUUCACCCUGCCGGGAGGUGGAGCACAACUUGCCAAGCAUGCAGCAAGAGUGAGAGCGGGUGGGGGAAGCGGGGACCCUGCAAGGAGCCCCUGCUCUCUAGGUUCAUCAAACCACAUGCCUAGCAAUGUGAAGGAGCUGGUUGGGACCAGCCUCCUGGUGGGCUGAAUGAUCCCAGCUCCUUUGUUCAUAUCGGGAGCAGCCAUUCCAUGUAGGAGGUGGGCAGCGCUCUGUGUGAGCAGAUCCGGCACAUACAUCUGUACAGAAAGGGGACAGGGGAGGGGAGGGCACUUACGCAGAGACAGGAGGCGGGGCGGGUGCUGGGUGCCGGGAACUGAAUCCCAGGGUCCCACUUCCCAGCUCUGACAUAGAUUUGGACCAGCACACCCCCAGAGAGCAGAAAGCCCUUCCCUGACUCCCUGCGGCCUGCAGGUUGCUCCAUGGAACGUUCUGCCUUUGUUUUCUGUUGUAGUGAAACCUUCAGCUGUUUCCUUCUGGGACCAGGAAGGGCACACAAAAAAAAUAUUAUUUUUUAAGCAAAGCAACAAAACAGUUACAAAACUUAACGAGCCAACAAAACAGUUACAAAACUAACAAGCCAAGCGACAGGCCAUCCGGACGGAGCUCAAGCACCGGCCGACCGACCAACCCACCGACCAGGACGGAUGGACGGCAGCCGCCCACAGACUCUGCAAAGCCGUCCGCACACCGGGAGACCCGUGCCCUGCUCCCCCCCACACCCCGUUGCAGACCCACGGGGCCAGGGACAGGUACUGACACAGACUGGAUUCUGCAGGCCCUCCCAGGCCACCACGUCUUCCUUCCAGCCCUCCUGAAGAAGAAGAAGAGCUGCGGGCGUCCCCUAACCACAGAACACGCCACGAGCGCUCCCGCAGGGCUAGCAAUCCUGCUUCUCGCUUCCCAGAACCUCCCAAUGCUUUUUGUGCUUUGCUGGUUCAUCCAUUUGUCAAGUUGGCAAGGCCUCGGGAUGCCCAGGCAGGGCCAGGCCAGGGACUUUCUGGGCACAGCCACCUUGUUUCUGUGGGUGGGAAUCUCGGGUUUUAGAGGGGUGUUGUUGUUUUUUUCCUUUGAAGAGAUUGCACUUUCCCCCUUUCCCCCGAGAACCCAGCUCCCACUAGCCCCAGUGGGGGUCAGAAGCUGCACCCCGUUUACCUUCCUUGCAGUAGGCCUGGCUACUCUCACUGUGGCUUCACAGAGCUGAGAUCAUCCGAGGCGAUCCCCGCCUUGCACGUGGUCUCCAGAUCUACAACCCCUAUCCUCAAAGGGCCAACGGUUGCCACCACACACACACCACCACCACUGGGGCAAGCACACCCUUACGACUGCGUGGCCAAGCCCGUGGGAGGCCACAGCCCCAUGGUGGUGUCAGGGAGUGAGGCGGGGCUGUGCACCAAGGGCUGUGCACAAACUGAGCAAAUACCUGCUGGCGCUAAUGGGCACACUCUCUCCCAUUGGUUUCUUCCCUGCCCAUGGCCCAUAGUGGGAGGGGUGCAUGUCCUACGGCCCGCUCCCCACACCCUGCCACCUGCUCCCAGAGCCAGAUGGACUCUGGUCCUUCCUCAUGCUGACCCUGGAAACCCCCCACCCCACCCCACCCUUGGCUUAUUCAUCUCAUGAAACCUCACUUUCUACUCAGCAUUAAAGCUCCUGACACGCCAGCAACCAGAUGAUCCUCCUUUUCUAUUCCCGUUGUAUAUAGCCCCUUCCUUUGCCACUCCCUCCCCCUUGUAUAAAGCUCCUCCCAUUUGCUGCCCUGUCUC